AGCGUGGAUCAACACAUGAAAUGAUUGGCUGGUGAGCCUGACAUCAGUAGUGGGAAAUUUAUUGAAAGGUAUUCUAAGCGAGCUAUCUAUAUACGAAGACAUCUAGAUUUUGCAUGUUUAGUGCAUAAGAUUUAGUAUUACAUUUAAGCUAUGUUUUAAAUUAAAAUGGAAUUCAAAGCAUGAAACGGUCACAUUUGUUAACAGAAAGCUGAUACAGGUUGAAAAUGUGUUGCUUUCCUUAUUUUGUAUUGCUGCUUUGAAUCAAUUUAAUUUGGUGAAUCUUAUCACAACUGCUCCACUGCUUAUUCACUGCAUUGCUGAAUAAACCAAUUUAUUGAUUCAUAUGAGGAUCAGUAUGUUCUCACUCCAUUGAAGGAAAGAGUGCCAAUGUGCAUGAGAACUUAUGCAAACAUCAGGAAUUACUCAGGUCACAAGUGCACCGCUGCUACACCCAAAGGUUAUGCUAUUGUGCAUGUAGAUAAAGGACAAUAUGAGUCAAUUCCCAUAAUAGUAAAUCAUUUAUGGGAGUGGCUGAUCUCAUUGUGUCCCAAAAGAGAUGUGUGAGAAGUCAGAAGAUUGUUUCUCCGCCCAAGAUUAAAGCACUACAACUUGAUUAGCAACAUUUAAGUAAACUAACCCCAAUGAACCUUUGCUCUGAGUUAAAGAAAAAAAAUUAGCACCCUUUUUGGAAAUAAUUGUUCGAUUUCACUGAUAUUGUUUAAUAUUUUUCAGAUUUAUUGUUAUCUCACCUUACUUCCUCAACAUGUCACGAGUUGCUCCCUUCAGAAGAGUUGUAACUGAUUUAGUUCAUAGGAAUCAAGAUCAUGCACUCAAUACAACGAUAUAUAUUUUGAGAGAAUUAGGUCCUGUUGGAUUUCUUCUUAAAGAAGAAGGUGUAGCUAAAUGUUUUAAAGUAAAUAUAGGAAAUCCACACAAUUGCAGCUGUUCCACAUUUCUCAAAGAAAAUGAUCUCUGCAAACACAUCUGCUGGGUUUUGUUAAAGAAAUUCAGGCUACCACGUGAUCAUGAAUGUGCCUUCCAGCUUGGCCUUGUGGACCGAGAAAUUGAAAUAUUACUGCAGAAUCUUCACAUAGAUGAAACAGCACAGUUUCCCACUAGAAAUUCUAACGUAAAGCAGAAUGUUGAAGGAGCCAUUGGAGAUGUGCUUCAGAAGGAAAUUUAUCCUGAGGAUAUCUGUCCUAUUUGUCAGGAAGAGCUACUGAAAAAGAAACAACCUGUGACAUACUGCAGUAAUUGUGUUGGGCAAGUACUACAAUAUAUUUUGUUCCACAACUUCGAUCUAUAUACCUGUGGUAACAGUGUCCAUAUCAAAUGCAUGAGGAUUUGGGUAGAACACCAAACAAAGAUUGAGAAUGCAGCCACUAUUAAAUGCCCUUUGUGCAGGGAGGAAUUUGCACCUUUGAGUCUCCUUCAGGAAGAAUUUAGAAAUUCCACUAAAUUUACCACAGUUGCGGAAAGAGAAAGACUUGACAGACACCUCGGAAUUCCUUGUAAUAAAUGUGGGAUUUGUCCAAUUCAGGGCAAAUGCUACAGAUGUUUGAGCUGUCCUGAUUUUCAUCUUUGUCAGAAGUGUUUUCCAUGUUUGAGCCACCCUCAGCACGAGUUCACCUUUCGUGAGAAAAGAAAUCAGUGUUGGAAACCACUACAGCAAGUUUCCAGUGUGCCUUUACCACUAGCAGUUGUCGAUGAUCUGAUGAAUAGAGAUAUUGUUGCCUGUGAUUAUGAUCUACUUGUGCAGUUGGACAGAAAUAAAUCUACCACUGUGCCUGGACAUGUAGUACAGACCUUACCUCUGAUAAUGGUGAAAGAGCGAAGCAAAUUACUUGUGCCUGGUCAGCAGUGCAGAGUCUGUCUAAAGGCAUUCAGAUUAAGGCAGGAAGUUCGAUGUCUACCUUGUCAUCACAAGUUUCAUAAAGAAUGCAUUGACCAUUGGUUAUUGCAUCAGAGCAACUCUUGUCCAAUUGAUGGUCAAGUAAUUUAUAAUCCAUUAACUUGGAACGAAGGACCAAAAAGAAGCAAAAAGAAAGAUUCAACUACCAGUUUGGAGAAUUCCAAGCCGCUGGCCCAGAUUGAUCAACCUCAGCUUCUUAUUCCAGUAAUUGGUUAUAGUUCUUCACUGAAAAAAACAGGCAGCAAUCAAACCCUUGGCCAGCAGAGAAAAGAUCACUCUAAAAGAGAAAAUUGGACUCAGAAUGCAGUAGACCACACAGAGGAUUUCACUGUGAAUGGUUUGAGUUACCUUCAUUUAAAAGAUGAAACAAGUUUUGCUGCUGGACAUUCAGUACCUGUACGAAAACCUCAGGAACCUUUUUUCCCAAGUAUUUUACCUGACGUACUCGAUGCAAGAAAUAAAAAUCAUUCAAUUCAAGCUGCAGUGAAAUCAAAAAAUACCAGCAGUAGUCAAAUAAAGAAGAGAGAGAUAGGCAUGAGUAGGACUCAUAGUAUUGGUCCUAGAAGUGCUCCUUUACUACAUCUAAACAGUGGCAAGUCAAACUUAACAGAAUUACCAUCACCAGAGAAGAUUUUACACUUGAAAGUUUGUCCUCUUGAAAGCAGCAACAUACAGAGGAUGCAAAGCCGUGGCUUCAAAGGAGACAUCAGAAAACAAGGCAGAGUCCUGUCGCGAAAAGCCAGCUGUCCUGUGAGUUCAGCAGCUGACAAUGUGAUUCUUGCUAUGGAGGGAAUCGCAGUGAACACCAGGCUAUAAAUCUUUUCUCUUAUUUUAAGUGCAGAUGUAUUAAUAGUUAUAAAAUUACUAGGAAAAUGAUCUAGAUCACCAAAUUGCCAGUAAUUUUUAUUAAACUGAUCAAAUUGCAGGCAGUUGUGAAUAUUCACUGAAUAAUGUGAAACUUGUGUGAAUAUAAUUUAGGUUAUACAGAUAAAUGACAUUUAUCUCAAUAGGGUAUUUUAAAUUAUGACAUUCACUGGUCUUUACAAAGCCUGCUUGUCCACAGAUGAUUGUCAAUUACAAAUCUAAUUGAUGCAAGUGUUUAAAUAAAUGCAGAUUUUAUAGUUUAUCCCUAAUUUUUAUUGUUUAGGAAUUAUUUUCCUUGUUAUGUGUGGGAAUAUAACUUGAUUGGCUUUCUUUUACUUUAAAUCAGUUGAACACAGGUAACUUACUCCAAGGUUUCUAAUGAAAAAUAUAUAUUUUCAUGAAAUAAAGGUCAGCAUAAAGAAAUUAGAUUUUUGAAAUGUUCCUAACUUUUCCAUUUUCUUCAGAUGCAUCAGCCUAAGUUUCAACAAC